AUGGUUUAUUUACCGUCGGAAAUCCUACGGGAAAUAUGCUUCCAUCUGAGGGACAACGGCCAUGGCACACGCACAAAUUUGGCAUCUUUCAGCCAAGUCAGCCGUGCCUGCCACGAGGCAGCGACUCCCUUUAUUUAUGAAUCGCUUCUUCUCAAGUUCUGGGAUAAGAAGAGCCUGCAGGUAGCCGUUUCCGAGCUGACCGAAACUGCUCAAGGCUCCAAGUUUCUCAAGUACGCCAGAAGAUUAUACAUCACAUGUUUUGAAUCUCCUAGAGACAUGAAAUCCCGCGCGACAAAUUUGAUGGCCAACAAGCACUCGGCUGCAAGAGACAGUUUUUUAGAGCCUUAUCUGAGCAACUGGACUCCUUGCUGGUCUAUUGAUACCUUGGAAACCCCUACCCCCGGCACACUAUAUGGCACAGGAAAAUGGAAAUCAGUCGAAUCUCUUAUUGCUAAAUUUCACCACUUGACGCAACUUGACUUUCUCGCAAACAAUCAGUUCUCAAGUAGCUUGAGCGACGCUCUGUUUCGAUAUCAUCCAUAUUGCAAGCUCAAUAUAAUACAAAGCCAGAUUUUAGCUCGAAGCGUGGUCCCUGAAGUCGACAGACGGCUUUUUUUUGAAGCCUGGGAUUUGAAUGUCCAUGGUGAACAUGAUGUCCAUGGUGAAAAUGUUGGAAAUGAUGAACAUGGUCAAUUGUCUGAAGACGACUCAUCCGAGGGGGAACUAGCUGAGAGGAAACUCGAGCCAGAUGAAUUCAAAGAGGAAUUCUUUGAUUUAAAUCUCCUUCAUCGGCCAGGUCUACAUACGCUAACGGUGGAUAUUUACCACCAAUACACUCCACAACCCGUCCGUGAGCAGAUAUACGACAUACUUCCAUUUCUUGCUGCUGCUCCAGGCCUAAAGCACCUUAUAUUUGAAGAGACUUUGUCCUUCGACCACAGUUUCAGAGUUGAAACACUGAAGGAGCAGUGGAAAAAUUUGGCCAGUGCCCUUCCACCCACGCGAGAUUCGGCACUUGAAUCAGUUUCAUUUGGACCUAUUUUCAAACUGGCAGCAGUGGCUGACCUUUCCGGGCUUCGUUCACUCCUCAUCGAUAGCUACCAAGACCCGGCCGAACUGGCACAGCUUGGAGGGACCCUCACCAGUCUUGAGCGCCUCUUCAUCGAUCUGGACCCAGCUUUCAGUGGCGGAUUGAACCAUAAUUCGGAUAACUAUGGCGCUGUCGCCGCCAUAACAGCCUUCCGACCAUUGAAAUACCUUUGUCUUCGUUCAGUUCGCGAUGUGAGAAGCAUCAAGAAAAUUGCUGAGCAUCACGGUCCAUCAUUGAAGGGAAUUAUCAUAGAAAUAUCUUUACGGGAGCGGCCCAGACGCAGAUUGCAUCUUCCGAGAGACUCGGGCUUCAAAUAUCCCAAAUUUGCCGCUGAUGAUAUCCGUCAAUUGGCACAGCUCUGUCCUAACAUCGAAGAGCUACGCAUCCCAAUCAAAAGGUCAUCAGGCAGCCAAGAUGAAUGUGAGAUCUACAAAGCUCUUGGAGGUUUUCGAAACCUUCGUGACCUCGUUAUUGAUCUUCAUUAUGACUCUCGCCUGGAGAUACCAAGUAUUGCCUCGGAGACGGAUGAGCCGGUGCUUCGUCAAACUUUGAUAAAUGCGGCUACGGAUGAGAAUCUUGCGUUCGGGAUCUGGAAAUUGAUCACCACCAAUCAAGACUCCAACCGUUUAACCCAGUUUCGAGUUGCACCAUUCGGACAUGAUUUUCACUCUCUGGAAUUGUACUUAGUUGACUGCCUUUCGCGGUCAUACCUGGUCACACGAAGUAAUCAUGACUUGGAGAGCCCAAUAAUAACAAGGAUUUGGGACAGGCCGUGGGAUAGAAGGCGGGACUUUCGUCUCACUGAGAGGCUUGCGAAGCUUCUUAAGGAUAUUUGGCCAUUGAUACUCAAAGAAAGUGAUUGGGAAUCGAGUUGGACCAGCCUUCCUUUACAAGCUGUUACAUAUCAAACUUGA